CCGGUCCACCUCUCGAGGCAGGAAGUGCCGGGCGCCGCCACCGUAGCACCACAGCCCAGCGAUCGUCGCCGUCGCUCGUCGUCUCGCGCAGGGCAGCCCGGGCUCUGGUGUCUGGCAGCGAAUUAAAUAGCCAUCAUGUCGAGUAAAAAGGCAAAGACCAAGACCACCAAGAAGCGCCCCCAGCGCGCAACAUCCAACGUGUUUGCCAUGUUUGACCAGUCACAGAUUCAGGAAUUCAAAGAGGCCUUCAACAUGAUUGAUCAGAACAGAGAUGGUUUCAUCGACAAGGAAGAUUUGCAUGAUAUGCUUGCUUCUCUAGGGAAGAAUCCAACCGAUGCAUACCUUGAUGCCAUGAUGAAUGAGGCUCCGGGGCCCAUAAACUUCACCAUGUUCCUCACCAUGUUUGGUGAGAAGUUGAAUGGCACAGAUCCGGAAGAUGUCAUCAGAAAUGCUUUUGCUUGCUUUGAUGAAGAAGCAACUGGCACCAUCCAGGAGGACUACCUGCGGGAGCUGCUGACGACGAUGGGAGACCGCUUCACGGACGAGGAGGUGGACGAGCUGUACCGGGAAGCGCCGAUCGACAAGAAGGGGAACUUCAACUACAUUGAGUUCACGCGCAUCCUUAAACACGGAGCAAAAGACAAAGAUGACUGAAAGAACUUGGGCUAAAACCUUCCAGUUGCUUUGUUUUCCUCCGUUUGAUCUCCUAGGCACUGUCCCCCACGCGCAUAGACCUGUUGCAUGCUACUUAGUUUCACAGCUUUGCCUCUUUUUUUGAUGUAUUUAUUCUAGACCUUUCUGCCACUUAGCACUUGUAUAAUCAGACUGCAAAUGGGGUUGAGGUUGUAAAUUGUGCUGAAAAAGACAUUGCGAAUAAAAAUCAACAAAUGUGAAAGCCCAGGAAAAUAUAUCCGGUAUUUCUGGUUUUGCUGGAUUUUUACAUUUUUAUAUAAUAAAAACACUAUUUUGAAAUAAAGAUUAUGCUGACUCAAA